UCUCCCUCUCUUAAUUUAUCUAUCAAAUGGUUGAACUUGAACAGAAGAAAUACCUAUUGUUUCUGGGGGUGCCUGAUUCGGAGUUUGUCAAGAAAACGUACGGAGGCUACCAUAACGUGUUUGUGUCUUUACUCGGAGAUGAAGGUGAGCAAUGGGAUUCCUACAGAGUCGUGGACGGGGAGUUUCCGGACGAGAAUGAUCUUGAGAAGUACGAUGGAUUUGUCAUCAGUGGAAGCUCUCAUGAUGCCUUUCAGGACACUGACUGGAUCUUGAAGCUUUGUGAUAUUAUCAAGAAACUCGACGUGAUGAAGAAGAAAGUUUUAGGUGUAUGCUUUGGCCACCAGCUAAUAGCUAGAGUGAAGGGUGGGAAGGUAGGGAGAGCAAGGAAAGGACCAGAACUUUGCCUCGGGAACAUAACAAUCCUGAAGGACGCUGUGGCGCCCGAAAACUACUUUGGUGAGGAAGUUCCAACGAGUCUGAGGAUCAUAAAAAGUCAUCAAGACGAAGUUUUGGAGCUGCCGGAAAAUGCAAAACUACUUGCAUAUUCAAGCAUGUACGAGGUAGAAAUGUAUUCAAUAGAAGAUAACUUCCUCUGUAUUCAAGGGCAUCCUGAGUAUAACCGUGACAUUUUGAUCGAUAUCCUUGAUCGGGUUCUUGCUGGAGGCCAUAUUACGGAAGACUUUGUGGCAACGUCAAAGGCAACUCUGGAGAAAAAUGAAGCAGACAGGAAGUUUUGGCAGAAGAUCUGCAAAAACUUCCUCAAGGGUCAAGCCUCCUUUUUAGUUUGACUCACAACUCUGAAGUCCCAUGUGGCUAUCACAAUAUUAUAUUUACCCCCCCCCCCCUUGGUUUUAUUACUCAGUCUCCUUGUAUCCACUUUAUAUUUUGUAAUGUACAAUAUUUGGUGUAAUGUAUUAAUAAGAAUUAAAUAAAAGGUUCGCAGUCAUAAUUACAACU